UCAGAUGAACAGGAAUUGUUGACUGCUUGCCUAGCCGAGUACUCGCGUCGAAGCAGCGCCCAAGAGCUCUUCCCCCAGCCAACGACAGAGAUCCUGAUGCGGCCCUUGACGCUGACGCUGUACUCCGUUCCCCGGAAGGUGUCAGAGGUCCAUUCUUUGGCGGAUGAUGCAGACGUGAUCGCAAGAUACUGGGCCGAGCAGCAGCACCAGAGCCCGCUGCGUCAGUCGUCGAGAUGCAAUGUUACUGCGCCCGGCUCGGCAACCUUUGGCCGUUUGAGCGGCCUCUUUAGUGUGAGACCGCACGACGAUAACCCAGGUCCGGCACAUGCCAUCACCGUCUCCCAGGCGGUGUCCAGCAAAAUCCAAAGCCCCUUCACCCCAAAUGCGGCUGUUCCCAGGGCACAAUCUUCGUUUGGCAUUGUUGACGGCACAAACUCGGCAAAUGCGGCCAUAAACCACGAGAUCCCCGUUGAUCUCGAGUCUCUGCGGCGCGGUCCACGGCUUCGCUACCCUAGGCUGCCUCCGAAACCUCGAAUACCCGGAAACAGUGUUUGGGACAUUCCCCGGGCCACACGAGAGCUGUGGGGAGCAAUGGGUCGCCUUCGCGGGCUCUUAAUUGCCGAGGCUGUUCUUUGGAAGCUCUCCUCCAUGAGCUUCGUCUCGAGCAUGACCGUCGUCAUCGUGAGAAACCACAAUCAGGGCACCGUCGGCGAGGGCGUCGUCGCCUGGGCUGUAUUGAGCGGUCUCCUCUUCAUAAUCUUGCCCAUCGCCUUUUGGCUCACCAUCCUCCAGUACCGCAAGACCGGACGGGCAAUCAUCUCAGAUAAGGCCUGGAUUGAGAUGCACCACUGGUCGAAGCCGCUUCCUCCUUGCCCACCCAACACACCUGAAGAGGAAAAAGACAACGACUGCACCACCCCAGCCUUGGGGAAAGUUACCCAGGAUCAGGAGCAGCUGCGCCGGGAGUUUGAGUUGCUCAGAGGCCGAAUCGGCGCUCUCGAAGAAGGGCAGCAGCAGGGUCAUCGCCGAGAAUAUGAUGCCGCAAACUCAAGCGAGAGCACUCCCGCUCACAAGAGAAACAACACCGACGACGACACCGGCCACAAUACCAACCGCGACACCACUGGUGCGAGGGCCCGGACUAUGUACCGCACCCCGUCACCUCGCAGGCCGCUUCGCCCCGACUCACAGUCACCCACCAGCUCUGCCAUCCCGCAGAGCUUCUCACAAGACAUCAUCGGCAAUGUCACACCCCCGGACGUCUUCACCGCUUCACCCAACAGCUCUGCAAUCCCCCGGAGUUUUACACAGAACAGCACAGGAACUGUCAUACACCACAACAUUUUCGUGGCAUCUCCCAGCAGCUCUGAUAUCCCCCAGAGCUCAACGCCGGACAGCACAAGGACGGUUAUUCACCACGACGUCUUCAAUGUCGGCGAAGACAGCGACAGCGAUGAGAUUGGCCCCGUCACCGAGGGGUACAGCCCGCUAGAUGCUGAGCGCAGCUAUCGCGGAUCCGGGUUGUUCGUCGGCCAUCCUACUACCAGAUCCAGUCCUGUUAACGGACUCACGCCAUCUCCUGUGCCUUUCACCAACGGGGGUUCUCCAUCCUCCAAAUCUACCCGCGCCUGAACCGGACACCGUCGGCCCUAAUUGAGGGCCCUUUAAACUGAAGUUGAAGAGAAGGGGAAAAGUUGAACCAUUAUUUGAACCGCACACACCUGUCUUUUGUCUUGCUUGCUUUCUCUCCUUCGUUGUCCUUCAUUUUUCUCCUUUGUCCAUGACUUCAUGCGGAUGAUCUGAAAGAUCGGCUGGAAGAGCCAAC